AUGGCAUCAGAAACAGAGUACACUGAGCGAUCAUCUUUGAUUGAUGGCUUAAUAAAUUCAAGAAACAGGGACCUCUCUCUGUUUUUACCCUUCAUUAUGGGCUUAAACACCACCUACCCACUUCAAGAUUCCACAAACCCACCUCAAGAAUCCCAAAAUCCAGCCACCCCACCUGACAGGGUCAUCCUCGUAAACCCUCUAACACAAGGCAUGGUUGUAAUUGAAGCCAGUGGCACAGGCUUGGAUACUUUGUUUAGAGACAUGUUCUUGAAUAAGGAUGGUCAACCUCCUGCCUCAAAAGCAUCCAUUGAGGCCAUGCGGAGUGUGGAAAUUGUUGGUAAUGAAAAUAAUGAAGAGUGUGUAAUAUGCUUAGAGGAGUGGGAGGCUGGACAAAUGGCUAAAGAAAUGCCUUGUAAGCAUAGGUUUCAUGGGAAUUGUAUUAAAAAAUGGUUGGAAAUUCAUGGGUCUUGCCCGAUUUGUAGGUAUAAAAUGCCUGUUGAUGAUGAUGAUGUGAAUGCGAAGAGUGAUGGUGAAAAUAACAGAGGCCGUAGAGAGAUUUGGGUGAGCUUUACAUUUAAUCGCGACGCGAGGAAUGGGGAAAACAAUCAGAUUGCUCAUAGUGAUCAGAGUAAUGAUUUUACUUCCAGUCAUCACGAAAUUGAGGCUUAA